GCGGUCUCUUGGUUAAACGUCUAAUUUGUUAGCCUUCGCCAUCGGCAUUCGUCUUUAAAUAAUGUUUUUAUAGUGUGCCAUAAUCUUAUCGUCCAAUAUCAUUGGUUGAUAAGUUAUCGUGAAGUAUGACGCGUUGAUUGCUGUUAAUGUUCUCAUAGUGAUUAUAAUUUUACAGUGCGCGGGUGUAAUGAGUGAGUUUUGAACUUGAUACCAAAGAAACCUUAUUUUUACCGUUACUUCGCCAUGUCGUUAUUUAAGAAGAAAACUUCUAAAUACGCGUCUCCACCGGUGCCGCCCCCUCCUGUGGAAGAAGUACACAAUCAAUCUAACGGUGUUGAUAACAACAAUGGACAAAAGACACAGUUAGUGUUUCAUUGUCAACAGGCACAGGGAAGCCCCCUUGGCUUAAUAUCAGGAUUUGCUAAUGUCAAGGAACUGUAUCAAAAAAUAGCAGAAUGUUAUGACUUCCCUCCCGAAGAUAUUUUGUUCUGCACGUUGAACUCGCACAAGGUGGACAUGAAGAAACUUUUAGGGGGACAAAUUGGAUUAGAAGACUUUAUAUUCGCACACAGAAAAGGUCGACCAAAGGAAAUCGAAAUUGUUAAAACGGAAGACUCGCUCGGCUUAACCAUUACUGACAAUGGUGCUGGCUAUUCAUUUAUUAAGAGGAUAAAAGAACAUUCAAUUGUAUCACGGAUACCGCAUAUAGAAGUUGGAGACCAUAUCGAGAGGUUAGAAGGCGAGAACAUGGUUGGAAAGAGGCACUAUGAAGUUGCGAAAUUACUUAAGGACAUACCUUUAGGAACUACCUUUACUAUUAGACUUGUUGAACCACUGAAGAGUGGCUUCGGCAGUAUCGGACCUAAAAGUGGUUCAGCGAGAUCCGGCAAAAAGAGUUAUGGUUCAGGAAAAGAAACGUUAAGAUUUAAAGCCAAUGGACAAGCGACGAUAGAAAAUGAGCACGACGACAAAUCGAAGGCUGGAAUAGAGAAAAUAAACGAACUUUUAGAAUCAUUCAUGGGCAUUAAUGACUCCGAACUCGCAACCCAAAUGUGGGAUCUCGCCGAGGGCAAAACGAACUCGAUGCAACUGGCCGAAGCUAUUGACAACAGUGAUUUGCAAGAAUUUGGAUUUACCGAUGAAUUCAUCAUUGAACUAUGGGGUGCAAUUACCGAUGCCAGAUCUGGACGUCUUAGUUAAUUUUUUUAAUAAAAUGAAAACUGUAAUACUACUAUAAUGAUCAAAAUAAAUACACUGGCAAUAUUCGCCUGUCAAUCAGUGCUGUCACGUUACACUCUGAACUUUUCCCUCCUUUUUCAUAAAAAAACUAAUUUGCAUUGAUUUAUAUGAAGUAGAACUUCUUGUUUUGACAAAUUAUGUUUACAUUCUCAUGAAAAGUACCACUUUUACAGCUAUGCAAGUGAUUUUGUUUUUAUGAAUAAGAGGAUUAGUGAACUAUAUAUUGCUAUAAUAGAUUUAUGAUAAAUUCAAUAAUAUUUAGAAUUUUUAUCCCGCUUAACAAUGAGGCAUUGCGGAUUAGUAUGUAAUGGCGACUACUUAUGUAGAAAUUCAAAUAUUUUUUAUUUACCUAUUGAGUCAUUUUCAGGAUACUUUAUGAAUUAAAAUCUGUACCUCCUUAACACAUCUUGUAAUUAAAAAUAAGAGCAUUUUUAUUUAUAUAUCUACAUCAAAAACUAUUUAAAUUAGUCUAAAGUGUGGUAAAUUAAAAAUACAAGUCACAUGAUGGUGAACAAUUACAUUACUAAGUAAGAAUUAUAUUUAUGGUUGAUGAAAAUAUGUAUUUAUAGUCUAUAAAUAUGAAAUAUAUUUGUAUUUAUAAAGUUAUAUUUUGUAUUAUCUGUGAAAAAUGAUAUAUCAUACCAGAUUCUAGUAUGUAUAAAAGCAAACUUUUUGAUUGAUGUAUGUAUCUUUAACAGCUUUAUCUAUCUUUUUUACUAUAAGAGUCAUUAAAAAACUGUUCUCUGUAAGGCGAUAUGUAGUAAUAUUAGUUUUUAAUGCAUAGAGUGCCUUAACUUUUUUAGUAU